UUGGCAAUACUGCAACUUAACGGUGCUUUUCCAGUUUUGCGCCAUUAGAUUUUCUAAUUGGUCCAAUAUAAAAUAUGAGUCUGCAAGACGAAAGCUUUCCCACAGAUGAACUGUUUGACCAACUAAACGCUACUACAGCCAGCGAUGGCAAUAGUCAAAGUUUUCAGCUUCAAUACAGCAUGUGUUUGGGGCUUGGUGUACCCGAUAACAUUGAGCGCCAAGUGUCGCCAUUUUUAAACAGUGACUGCUCAGAAAAAACGUGCUCCAGCGAUCCUCUCGGCAUGGAGCACACGGAAAGCGGGGCCAAACGUAGCAGCAAUGGGGUGACCGAUACGCACCUACAGCUGGGAAGUGGGCGCAGCAAUAAAGCGGUUUCCUAUCAGGACAUACACACGGCGUACACGAAGCGAACGUACAAGCACGUGACCAGUAAAGUGAGCAAGUACAUUGCGGACAUACACGAUCAGGAAAAACAGCGUCGCACCUCAGCAAGCACAUUCCAAAGGCACCGGUCGAUGCCCGAAUCGCUGACGCCCCGAGGCGGCACCGAUGACCAGCAGAAAAUAGAUCAUUCGCUCUCUCUGGCCAAUAGCAGCAGCACAGAUAUGCACGUACGCGACGAGAGCUACGAGCGAUUGGUCAGCGAGAAAGAUCACUUGCAGUCGUACAAUGAUUACCUGGAGAGCAGGCUCUACAAGAAGAUCAACGAUAAUCUUGUCCUGCGAAAGAACUUCGAGGUCAUACGAACGGAGCUAACCGAUUGCAAGGACAAGCUUAAACGUCAAGCAGUUGCUCCAGUUGCUGCCCAAUCGCUGCGCUCGCUCGUCUAUUGUCCGCCCAAUGAGAGCGUCGCCACACAAACGGAUUUGCCAGUAAUGGCCAAUUUAUCCAAUCUUUCGAAUUUGCCCGCGUUAGCGGCAAAUGCAACACCGCAUCCAGACACAAAUCUGAAUGAUAUCACUUACGAUAGCAGCGUCGGUUCUAUUGAAAUACCGCUGCUCAGCGUGCAGCCGGCGGCUCACCAACUGAAACUGACCAAAUCGGUCAAGAAGAGCGGGAUAAUAAAGCGUUUGUCCCUAAACUUCAGCAACGACAGUGCAGACGGUGAUGUCACUGGACAAGCGUUAACUGGUGUUGCAGUUGGAGUCAGCAUGGAACCAACUGGCACUAAUGGCGCCACCACAAACCACUCAGGCAGCAGUCAUCCCAGCAGCAAUGACUCAGCCAUUGAGAUAGAGGGUAACGAGCUGCGUUCACCGGGAGUCAAUUUUGGACCCAUGCGAGAGUGGGGACAACGUGAAGGAUUGAUUUACUUUGACAAGCACAGCAAUCGGGUCAUUGAGCUGGUGCCACUCAAUCCGCAUGAGUCGAGCAAAGGCAGCUCAAUCAACCAAAGCCAGUUCAGCAUGCUGCACUACACGGCCAAUGCGCACAUUGGCCAAAGGAAGAAAUCCCUGGCUGCUCGCAUGCUGCGCCUACUGGGACCCUGUGCCCGUUGCGACGAUCCUAAUCAGAUUGAUACCAGCACAGCUACCUAUACAGUGGGUAUGCCACUGUUGGCCAACGAAUCAAGGCGUUGAAUAUUCAUUAUUUAUUGUAUUUCUAUUUCUAUGUUAGCGCUGGCGUUGUUCUCUUUAUUAGUUAUUUCUGUUUUAACCACAUUUUUAUGUUUUAGUCCACAUUUGUAUUCAAUAAUUUUCAUGUCAUGUUAUAAUUUA